AUGAUCAUUCUUCCCUUUUGCCAUGCAGAUAAACGAGGUUGGGAUUCUGCUCAUCCGGCCCUCUCCUGUAAGGAAAUUCUGGACUCUGGACACUCCAAAGGAGACGGGGAGUAUUGGAUCGACCCAGAGAAGAGUGGAAACCCUUUGAAGGUCUAUUGUGACAUGUCAAGAUCUGGUGGUAAGAGAAUGAUUUUUCUUUUUUGAGAUACGAGGACUUCAACAGGAGUAUAUUUGACUUGGAGCAUUUUCUAUUGGAACGUUCUGGUCUUGGCUAUUCUUGCUUUCUCAACAAAGAUCCUUCUUAUGUUUUGAAUCAAAAGUAUAGCAGAAUUCUCAAAAAUGAUUGGUUAUCAUCAGCCGGCCGCUUUGAGCACUAAUAGGACAGUGUACGCGUCAUAUUUGUAAUUGGACAGUGUAAUAGGACCGUUUAAGGGUUAAAGGAUAUGUUGUUUUUCGUUUUUAUGAAAACGUAUAACCGAUGUCCAGUUUCUCUCUCAAAUUUUGUCAUAGUUUUGACUAAUUGGUAACAGGCCUUCUUGUCGUCUAAUUCUGUCUGUAAUGAUACGAGUGAUUAACAAAUCGGACUCCCGCUUUGCGGUCGUACGAUUCUGUAAAGCACUCCUAUGAUUACAGACCCAACUGGACUCCACUCGGUCCUGUUACUAUUUAAUAUGUCCAAAAUUCUAGUUUCAUGGAUGUCACAAGAUCAUUUAGGUUUGUUUUAUUUUAGGAGGUUGGCUUCUGGUGUCAAAUGUUGAGUUCGGAAGUCCCUCUCCUAAGGUGUCAGUUGAGAUAUCAUACCGUGGAAUAGGUAAGUCACACAUGGUUCUGCAGAAGAGUGCCAUGAAAGAGCUCAGAAGACACUUGUCCUUCACUCAGCUGAGAUUCCACUGCCGCAAGAAACAGGGACGCACAUUCCACGUGGUCACAGCUUCCAACAGCUCAGGCGAAGCUGUGGUCCAGUACUUCAGCGGUCAGACAGAUGAGCAACCGGACGCCUGUGGUUCGUUUGUGAGAUUGACGCGGGAUGACAAUUCCGAGUUAGCUGGCAUUUGCAAAGAUUGGGGUCAACUAGUAAGUGGAAAGUGGGGACAUGGUGAGGAUCAAAACAGGCUAUUCUCGUAUCCCGUCUUAAGAAAGUCAAAGUAUCACCUUAGGGUCCAACUGCAUAACGUUGACGACCUCAGAAAAAUGGAAUGUGAUGAUAGCUCCGCUCCCAAUGUUGGCACAAACGGCGAUUUCUGGAGAGUCUUUGUUCGUUAGUUGCGUCUAUAUGUACACCAAGCAACCCUUGACUGUACCAAUAACAGUAAC